AAAGUGGCCCAAUGGGGAUGUAUUUCAAAGGUGACGAGGUAGAAAAUCGAUUAUCCCAUCAACAGGCUACAAGGCUGAAACUACUUUACAUGGUAGUGAAGAUGGGUAAGAACAAGAUGUGCAAGAGACUUGUCUACAUGAAUGCCUCUCAAAACCCCAUCUCUUCCCCUCUCUUUGUGAUAUCUUUGCCUAUCCUAUUCGUGUAAUCCCUGGUUGCUGAGCUUUUCAUUGAUCUUGAAGAUUCAGUAACAUACUAGAUGUACAACCAAAAACCUUUUCCAUCACAACUUUCUCCUUUUUCCACAGCUUCUUUUGAAGUUCAUUGUUAUCCACCUCUGUUUAUCACCCCUUUAAUGUUGGCCUUGUUUGGACGGUAGACGGGCGACUAAGGUUAUCGGGUCCAUCAUGAUCCCUAGGAAUCGAAACUGAUCGAUAAUCGUCCGUCUUGAGAAAUGUCAAGUUGAGUUCUGACCCGAGCUCAUCAGGAUAAAAGCUCAUAUCCUCUGGCUAACCGCGCUCGAUCCAGUGCUCGUUUUCUGGUCAGCCGAUAAAUUCGAAGCGAAGAGGACGAUGUGUUCGUAACGUGUUCGAUUGAUGACCUUUAAUAUCUCAUAAUGUAGCUUCCCUCCUAGUCCUUUAAAUUCGAUGAAGCAAAUGAUAUCAUAUAAUUGGUCGAUGAGUCUGCACUUUGGAAAUGAAGCCGGAUUUGAGCUAGACUUGACAUAUCACGGCUUCGUAGAUUCCACAGCGAUGAUCGAGAUUGAUGCAGAGUGGUGGAACCGAUAGUGAUCCUAGGUAUGAUUGGAGG